AUGACCUCAUCUACUGCCGACGAGCGGAACUCGAGGACCAUACAUACGGCAGCAUGUCUGAUUAUCGGGGACGAGGUGUUGGGCGGGAAGACGAACUCGGCAUACAUGGCGAAGUUCUGCUUCCAGUUGGGAAUUGCUCUCAAACGCAUCGAGGUUAUUGCAGACGACGAGAGCGAGAUCAUAGAGGCUGUCCAACGCAUGAGCAACAACUAUGACUUUGUAGUCACCAGCGGAGGGAUUGGCCCAACGCACGAUGAUAUUACCUACCAAUCGAUAGCAAAGGCCUUCGGGCUCAACCUCAAGCUCCACCAAGAAGCCUACGAGCGUAUGAAGAAACUCUCGAAACCCCACCCAUCGCAACCCAACUUUUCCUGGGACGUAGAAUCGCCCGCGAAGACAGCUAAACUGCGAAUGGUGGAACUCCCUACCGACGAGACGCGGGACUUGGCCAGCCAAGUUGUGUUCCCCACGGAUGAAUUAUGGGUACCAGUUGCGGUUGUUAAUGGGAAUAUCCACAUCCUCCCGGGUGUGCCCAGGCUUUUCGAAAAGCUGCUGGACGGCAUGAAACCGAUCCUGCUUCCACGAUUGACCGACCCAGAGGGCAAAGGCAUCCAUAGAAUAUUGAUCUCGACGCCGAUGGCGGAGAGUGCAGUGGCGCCAUACCUGACGGAAUUGGCGGAUCGGGUCGAGCCCAAGGGGGUGAAGGUUGGAAGCUAUCCACGAUGGGGUAAGGCGAGGAACACGGUCACUUUAGUUGGGCGAGAUCUCGAGUUCCUGGAGAGCCUGGUACCGGAGGUUGAGAAGAAUGUGGAGGGUCGUCGAGUGGCAGUGGAGGGGGAGGACGAUCCGGUAGAUGCCAAUGCAAGCGAUUUGGCCUAG